AUGGCCGCAGAAAUUUGCUCCGAUGCGCAAGAAGCGGCGUUGAGUCUUAUCACAGAAAUCAAGCGUCGGGUUCCCGGCGAGAAGUACGUCCGGUUCAUAAACGCGUUGCAGCGGCACCGCCCCGGCGGCGGCGGCCAGCCGGAGUCACUGACGGAAACGGUGAUGACAGUGGAGGAUAUUCUGGAAGGGCAGGGCGACUUGAUUCAGAAGUUUUACCGGGUGGUUUAUGGCUCUCCGAUUGACGUCGAAAGGGAAGAAGGAUGCAAGGCGGCCGUCGAUUUCAUCAACCGGAUCGGGAGGCGCAACCGAGGGUUGCAGAAGACGGUGCUCAAGCUCUUCGAUUCGUACAACAGAAACGCGAUCGGCGAAGACGACCUCCGCCGCGAAGUGGUGGAGUUGCUGAAACGGAACCCGGAUGUGCUCGACGGGAUCGGUAGGUUUCUCCCCGUCACGGAAGCUACGCCGAUCUCCGUCGUCGUCCCGCAAGGAGAAAAACCCUAUUCGAGGAAGAUUGGGGAUCGCGGGGAUCAGGAGGCGGCGGUGGAAGAACAUAGGGUUUCAAAGAGGGCGAAACCCGUCAACGGAAAUAAUCCCCAGAGGGAAGAAAUCUCGGAAUUAAUUUUUGAAAAUCGGGAGAAGUUCCCGCCGUCGAGCUUGUACCGCUACAGCACCGGCGGCGACGAUUUUCGCGAGGAAAUCAGUAGGUCGCUGUCCCAAUUGAUUCCGCCGGCCGCUGCCGCCGCCGUCGCGGAAGAGAAAGAAGAACGACGAGUUGCCAACAGAGAAAGGGAAAAGGAAUGGGCGAAAUCCCUAAUCUCUAGAUCCAAGAGGCUGACCCCGAGCUACCUGCCGCUGCCGCCGGAGACGAAAUCGAAGUCGAAAUCGAAGUCGUCGUCGAUUCUGAACACCAGCUGCGUGUCGGUGGCGGCAGAGGAGUGCGAUUUCGCGGUGGGAGCCGAGAGGCGGCGGCGGCUGAGGGUGGAUCCGAGGGUGGAGAAGCUGAACAGGAUGGAAGACGAUCUGUACGAGGCGGAUAUGGCGAAGAGGUAUCUGAUGUCCAUGGUGGAGUACGUGGAGGAGGGCGAGAGAGGGGAUGAGAGGAAGGAGUUCCGCUUCAAGAGCUGCGUGGAAGCGAUGUACGGCGGAGCCGUGGAGAUGCCGGAGAGGAAGGAGGAUCGGGAGUCGUUUGAUCGGGCCGUGAAGACCCGGUUGUAUCAGAAGAUCGGUGAGUUGAGCGUACAACGGUUGAAGAUGACUGCUAAAGCAUAUCUCUAG